UUGAUACAUUCCGUUAGUCGUCGCUGUCGUCGUCGUCGUCGCGGUAAUCGGAUUCAUUUCGAGAAAUCACGGUUGCGUGUACGUUCGCGACCGCGAAGAAAUACAAUUGUGUCACGAAAGUUCCCAUGUUUGCGGGGGUGUUCCGACCAUUUAGAUGCUGUGUCUGAAGUCUUAGCCGCGAGUAUCGGUCGCUGCGUUACACGUUCUCCGCUGGGAGGAGGACCGUGACGGGUGUUUGCGGAGUGCAGUGUUUCCCUUCCCGUCGAAUGUUUAGUGAAUAUAAAAAUAGGCAACCGAUUCAUCGACAUCGGGAACAGGCUGCCAAAGAAGCGUGCCUACCAUAAUUGGGUAGCGGGAAGCACUAGAGUGCUGUUGCUUCAUCCGUAAAGUGCAGCAUCGGCAUAACAGUUUCAAGCAACACAGUCAGCAGCAGUGUGAAUCUCAGCUUAGGCAUUGCGAAUGUCAACAGUGAUCUGUGGAUUUUCUCCAGAGCAGCAGCAGCAGCAGCAGCAGCAGCAGAAACAACGGUGACGUUGCUGUGAUCAACCGCUACCAUCACCACCACCACCAACACCGCCAACUCCAGCAGCAGCCGCGCAGCAACCACGGAGCCGAAGCGUACACGAUGGCCGCGGCACCACCGAACAACAGCAGCAACAAUAACAACAACAGCAGCAGCAACAAUAACAACAACAACAACAACAACAACAACAACAUCAGUAUCACAAAUGAGACGGAUGAAUUCAUCAAGAAGAGCCGGGUGACGCGGGCCGCACCGCCCAAGCCGGCCUACGAUCCGCUGCAGUUCGUCCAGAUCAAACCGGCUAAGCUGUACGAUCUGAACAAGGCAAAACCGUCCACCGAGCGAAAGGUGGUGGAGGUGAAGACCCCGCGCGAGGUGGAAGACGCGGAGGAGUGGCAGUGCAAUCUGGACAACUGGAAGUCGUCCCGCAGGAAACGGGUCGAGCACAUCAUCGACAAGAUCACCGAGGCGAAGAAGAUCGAGCAGGAGGAAGUGUGCCGGGGGCGCAAGAAGUCGAAGACGUUUUCCGAAAUGUUGGAAAAUAGUGGAUCGCGGAGGAGGUUUAUUUUGCCUGGCGCCGAGGAUGACGAUGAUGGUGGCAGCUUUAGCGAUGAUCUGCAGGACAAUAGGGAUCCCUCGAAACAGCAGUACAAGGACGAAUCGACCGACGAUCGGGCGACGGAUGAUACUAGCAGCUGCUGCUCGUCCAAAGUCACCGACGGAGAAUCGAAAACGCCCGAUCUGGGCGAAUCGCAAGAGAUGCCGGAAAUGAACGAGUUUUCCCUAGCGAUAGAAAACUACAAGUCAAAGUUUCCCAUGACACAGAGCAGAACGGCGAUGUUGUCCAGCGGCAUGAUGGCAUCCACCACCGUUGGAACCACGACCACUGCCACCACCACGUCGUCUGUGGUUAGUUCAAUUGAAAGCAAUAGCAACGAUAAUUACGAGAGUACUAAUAGCAAUAGUAUCAGUGACGACGGCAAAGGGGAAGCUCCGCUGACGGCGACAAAUGCGUCAAACGAAGCGUUCGGUAGCGUAGAGGAAAAGGCGCCCAGUUCGGGGCGUCCCAUAUUGUUCGAGUUUGCGGGUAACCGGGCGGAAAAGAUAAGCAAUGACGAACAUUCGGAAAAGUCGGAUCAAUCCCCGGCGAAGGUGAAUGUGAUAGAACGACGGCGACUGUUCGAGCAGUUCCAGCAGCUGUCCUGUGCGCCCGAUGCGACACCGGCGACCGCAAAGUUGACCCAAAGCAGCGGCAGCAGCAGUGGCCAGGAAGAGUGCCGGUACUCUGAGGGUACGCAAUCAUCCACCGACGAACCGCCGACGGGAGGUCCCGGUUCGGAAUGGUUUACCGCGGGAAGCAUCAAGGAGCGUCGUGCCAUUUUCGAGCGGUACCAAUCGAACGAGCUGGUGGUGAACGAAGAGAUGACCAACGAACUGGGACGCAGCCGAAGCAGCAGCAGUACGCAGGUCACGAAGAGCCGCUCCGAGUCGAACUUUGGCUUCGUGAAUGGCAGUACGGGCCGGUUCGAGCUGACCCUGGCGCAGCUGAAGCGUAAUGGCGGGGCCGAUUGCUGCGAGGACAGCGGUAUCCAGUCGACGACGGAUCUGUCCCGCAGCUCGGUGGUGUCGCAGGCGGACGAACACGAUCCAUCGUCCAUGUUGCUGCUCUCGGAGGAGGCACUGGGAAAGAGUCCAAAUCGAUCGGCCGCGACACUCGAUUCGGCGAGCGAAUUUUCCGACACCGACUGCAGCAACGGACAGCUUCUUGACAAUGCGCUCGAUGUGGCGUUCGAGGAAAUGGAUAGUGAACUGAAUGAAUCCGGUACCAUCGUGGACGAACCGGCACCAAAAGGAGGGGGACCGAUGCAGGAGCAGCAGGCCACCGAAAUAGUACCAUUGCCCACCGACUUUGUCCCAACCGAUGCUGCCAUCCUGGGCGGAAACGAAGUUGUGCUGCUACCGUUGCCAAAAUCGGCACUUACACCACCGAAGGAAAAGCCACCACCACCCCCGGUCGACGAUGAGCCGGAGCUGGAGCUGGAGCUGGAACAACAGCAGGAGGGUACACCGUCAGCCGGUGGACUUGUGGCCGCUGGCAUUACGAGUUGGAUGCAAAAGAAUGAGAUAGCUGCUAUGCAGAUGAACCGGAUGAUGGUCUCGGGCGCUGUUGAUGGUAUGCACCCGGAGUCGCACCUGGAGUCACGGGUAGAUUUUUACGACCAAAAGCUGGACUCAUCGAUGGACGGUAUGCAGCGGGACGAGUAUCUCCAGCUAGCGGACGAACAGUGGAGAAGUCUGGAAAGCUACGAAGUGGUACACCAGGUUCAGCAAAAGCAUGAUCAGCAGCACCAGCGCAAACAGCAGAACGAACAGGACAGGGAGGAAGAGCGACAGCAGCAUCAGAGAGAGAAGGACCAGCAAGAGCUACUGGUGUACAGUAAUCGAAUCGAAGCGCAGCCCCAUCACCAUCAGCUGUACGAUCCCGGAGAUCAUGAGGAAAUAGUUAGCGUAGAGCGCGAACUUCUACAGAUAGAACAGGAGGAACUGCAGCGUCGAAGAGAGAAACAGAUGUUCUACGAAAAGCGCACGAGUACCGACGCUGGCCGUCAUCCGGACCAGCUGCAUCAGGGUCACCAUCAGCAGCAAUUGCCACCUGCACAGCAGCAGCAGCAGCAGCAGCAACCGCCACAUCAUCACACAGUAGAACCCGUUCAGCAGCAAUCUGCGCAUCAGCAACAACCACACCGUCCGCUGCAGCAAGAACCGUACUAUGAAGCACACCAUCACCAUCACCUCCAUCAUCAUCUUUCGCACAACCUGCACCAAAAUCACCACCAUCACCAAAACCAUCACCGGGCGUCCAUGCCGGCCAUCGACAGCCGCUCGCUGCAGAACGUGAACUCGUACGCUUCGUACGACACCCCGUACGUGGACGAUGUGAACUCGGCGUACGAGAUGACCUCGUUGCACCGCGAAUCGAUGCCAAAUCUAUCGCAGGCGGUCACCUCCUCGUCCCAUCCAUCGUCACUGUCGUCGUACGGCGAGGAAGCGUACUCGGCCAACUCGGCCACCAGUUUCGAUGGCAGUGGGUGGCUGCCUCCGGUAGAACAUCGCUCGGGCAAUCGUCCUACGGUGGCGCCAAGACCAGCGCUAAAUGGGUUUCUCGACCGACCGGUGGGCCCGAACGGUGGAGGAGGAUUCCUUGGAGUAGGUGAUAGGCAGCGAGUAUCGAACAGUAUGUUCGAGCAACAACCCAAAGAUAAUAAACAAAAUGCAUACCACUCAGCCAUGGGGAUCAACCGUGGUGGAGGGCAGCUAGCGGCAAACAGCAUGCCGUACGGUCAGCACUGGCUGGUACAGGAAGCGGAGCAACGGCGCAUCGAGCAGCAUCAGAAAAAUGCAAGCAACAACACCACCACCAAACGGCCCUUGCCAAAGUUUGUCAUCGAUGCGAUUACGCAGCGGGUGCAAAAAUUGAAUGCCGGCAGUCCGGAACAGUCGGACCGCAGUAAUUUAUCGGAGGAUUCGGAUCUGGCAAUGCUGCAUUCGAUGAAACAUCAUCACCACCAGCACCACCAGCCGCUGCCGCGGCCACACCAUCCACAGCAGCAGCAGCCGCUCCCACCUUUGCCACCUCAACAGCAACCGCCGCAACAACAGUAUUCAAACGCAAGCGAUAAAGUGCUGAGCGUAAGUGGCAAAAAGGAAUGCUCGCACUGCCGAAUAGAACUGGGCAAGGGUGCAGCGAUGGCGAUUGAGAGCCUGGGUUUGUUCUACCAUAUCGAAUGCUUCAAAUGCUGCGUUUGUCACGUUAAGCUCGGGGACGGCACCAAUGGUAUAGAUGUACGCGUUAGGAAGUAUCGACUUCAUUGCCAAAACUGUUUCUCUAGUGAAGACGGUGUAAAGUUUAGUUGCGUUUAAGAGCAAAAAAGUGAGAGCAAAAGCAAACAAAAACUAAUUUAUUCUUCCCGCCCCUCUCUUGACCUGAACAACCUUUAAUACCUUAUACCUUUCGCUUUGUAUGAUGAACUUGAAUUAUAUUAUUAUCAGUUUUUGAUAGAUUUAUUACGA